AUGGGAGAUGCUUCGUCUGCUGCUGCUUCCUCGUCAGUGACCAGCCCGAUUGAGAGGGAAAAUCACUUCUCAUCGGAUGAGUCUGAGGUUGAAAUCAUCGCGCCGGCCCAGGAUGCCUCGCAUCGCAGACAGGCCCAGAAAGCGCACUUCGAGGCACUCCUCGCCAAUCGUGCUGUUACCUGUGAUGAGAAAGUCGAAUUCCCCGAAGAGGCCCAGAUAUCUACGGCUCGGCUGUUCUCUUCCAAAGGCCAACAGCAAGGCACGCUAGAUCCUCGAGAGUAUCAGAUAGAGUUAUUCGAACGCGCGAAAGCUGAAAAUACCAUCGCCGUUCUGGCCACCGGAGCGGGAAAGACCCUAAUAGCUGUGCUUUUACUCAAGUACACUAUUGAGAAGGAACUCAAUAGCCGUGCAGAUGAAGAAUCACAGCGAAUAUCUUUCUUUCUAGUUGAUAGCGUGACCCUUUCCUACCAACAAGCGGGAGUCUUACGGAACAAUCUCGAUGCAAGCGUUGGUCACUUAUUUGGAGCUCUUGGCCCUGACCUUUGGAGCCAUCAGACUUGGAAGGAAUUCUUUCAAAAGUACAUGGUCAUUGUUUGUACAGCGGAAAUCUUACACCAAUGCCUACUCCAUGCCCACGUUAGGAUGGAACAGAUCAACCUUCUCAUAUUUGAUGAAGCCCACCAUACCAAGAAGGAUCACGUCUAUGCCAGAAUAAUUCGGGACUCGUAUCUCUUAACGGAACCAUCGAAACGGCCAAGGAUUUUUGGCAUGACAGCGUCUCCGAUUGACACGAAAGGCGAUGUUGCGGAGGGCGCUAUGAACUUGGAGCUGUAUCUAGACAGCAAAAUUGCCACGGCAUCGCAGCUAUCUCAGCUACAUCAAUUCGUUAAGCGUCCUACCGAGGAAGUCUGGAUCCAUGAUAGACUUGACCGUCCUAUUGGAACUAAGCUGUACAAUCUCAUGGAAAGUCGGUUUGGCGACAUUGAGGAUCUGAAGCCUGUCUUCCGAUUUGCAUGGCAGGCAAGUUCGGAGCUUGGAAGAUGGUGCUCGGAUGGAGUUUGGAAGCAAAUAUUUUCGGCAAAAGUGCUACCGAAACUCCAAGGAAAAACAAAUCAAGAAAUGUCUCGAUUACAAGAUGCUAAUGAGAUCUCUAGUGGCCAUACCCUCAGCAGUCCGGAUGAGCCGGGCCAGUUAAGCCAUAAAGUCGAGAUUUUGCGAAGGAAACUCAGGGAGCAUUACCAGAGGGACCCAGAUACAAAGUGCAUUGUCUUCACCACAAGGCGCUACACUGCCUUGAUGUUACUGGAGCUCUUCAACGUUUUGGAUAUUCCAGAUCUAAGACCUGGCUUGCUGAUUGGCGCCCGGACCGAUGAUUUGACUGGGGCAAACAUAUCGUUCCGGCAACAGUUUCUAGCACUGGUCAGGUUCAGGACUGGAGAAAUUAACUGUCUGUUCGCCACUUCGGUGGCUGAAGAAGGUCUCGAUAUCGCUGAUUGUAACUUGGUUGUACGAUUUGAUCUAUUUAAUACGAUGAUUCAAUACGUCCAAAGCCGUGGCCGUGCUCGGCAAGCCUACUCUACAUAUGCAAAUAUUGUUGAGAAAGACAACGAACUCCAGCGGCAGCGUAUUAUUGAAGUACAGGAGGCAGAGCACAUUAUGCAAAGCUUCUGCGAGACUCUUCCAAAGGAUCGAAUUUUGGAGGGAAACGACGGCCCGAUGGGAUCAUCGUACAUGGGGGAAGAAGAGAGAGCGUAUACCAUCAAAAGCUCAGGAGCAAGACUGACUUAUCACUCUGCCCUGGCCGUUCUCGCACGGUAUGCUAGUUCUCUGCAAUACGAAGGAGACAUGAUGGGUCAAGUUACGUAUGCGGUACUUCCAAGCAACAAUACAUAUGUUUGCGAGGUGAUACUACCGGAGCGUUCCCCUAUUCGAAGUGUUACCGGCGCUCCAGCCAUGAACAAAUCAACUGCAAAACGAUCUGCGGCCUUUGACGCUUGUGUUAUGCUUAGGAAACACAAGCUGCUUGAUGACCAGUUCAAUUCCGUCUACCAUAAGCGACUACCGGCUAUGAGAAAUGCGAGAUUAGCUAUCACCUGCAAGAAGACGAACCAGUACGACAUGCUGCAAAAGCCGGCUUUGUGGGCCAAAGACCGUGGUGUGAUGCCGGACAUUCUAUACGCGACGGUCAUAACGUUCACGCCCACCAAGCCGCUUGCUCGGCAACUUUCAAGCAUAAUUCUGCUGACGCGAGGGAGGCUGCCAGUGCUUCCAGGCUUUUCCAUAUAUCUCGAGGAAGAUGACGUGCAGACCAUAGUUCAGACUAUUCCCCUCGAGAAGGCUUGCACAUUCUCAACCGAGGAGCUCAGUACUCUCACUGGCUACACGCUCCGAAUCUUUCAGGAUGUGUUCCAGAAAAUCUACAAUCCCGAGCCUGAGAAUAUGCCAUACUGGCUUGUUCCAGCAAACACACAAACUGCCCUAGAAGCCAAGGCUGACCCGACAACAUGUAUCGACUGGGGUACUGUCGCCUUGGGGAAUGAGACUGACCAGUUAUCUUUCCCAGAUGGAACAGAUCCAGAAGUCCUCUGCAAUCGUUUUGUAUACGAUCCGUGGGAUGGCCGUUGUCGGUACUUCACUGUAUCUGUAGAGAAGAGCUUGAAACCUUCGGAUCCUCCACCACCUUCCGUGCCCCGCCGUCGGCAUAUGAACGAUAUCAUGAACUACUGCAUCAGCUUGUCGAAAAACUCACGGGCGAAUUUCCUCUCGAAGUGCAAAUGGGACCAACCAGUUUUCCGAGCGGAAUUGGUUCGCCUUCGACGAAACCUGCUGGAUACAAUGACGGAUCAAGAAAAGCAAACGGAGACUGCGUGCUUUGUCUGCUUGGAGCCUCUGAAGAUCUCUGUAAUCCCUGCUUCAGUGGCAGCAUCCUGCCUCGCUUUCCCUGCUGUGGUUACUCGGCUCGACGGAUACUUGAUUACCUUGGACGCUUGCAAGGAGCUUGAUCUCGUCGUGACGCCGGAGCUUGCGUUGGAGGCAUUCACAAAAGACUCGGACAAUACCGAGGAGCACCGUGCUCAGCAAAUCCAGUUUCAGCGGGGAAUGGGGAAGAAUUAUGAACGUCUCGAGUUCCUAGGCGAUUGUUUUCUUAAAAUGGCAACGUCAAUCUCGCUGUUUGCGCAAAACCCUAAUAAUGAUGAAUUCGACUUCCACGUCAAGAGAAUGUGCUUGAUUUGCAACAAGAACUUGUUUAACACUGCAGUGAGGAAGGAGAUCUAUCGGUACAUUCGCAGCCAAGGAUUCUCGCGACAUACUUGGUACCCGGAGGGUCUUUCCUUGCUUAAAGGUAAAGACCACAGUAAAAAACUUCUUAAAUCGGCAAAGCACCACCUCGCGGAGAAGACAAUCGCGGAUGUAUGUGAGGCGUUGAUAGGCGCUUCGCUCCUCUCUGGUGGACCUGAUCAUCGGUUCGAUAUGGCUGUUAAAGCUGUGACUAUACUAGUCGACAACGAAGACCACAAAGCCUCGUCUUGGAAAGACUACAUCUCAGUUUACAGCCUUCCGCCAUACCAGAUUGCGGCCGCAAGCGGCUCUGAGAAGGAGCUUGCUAAGACAGUUGAAGCAAAACUUGGCUAUCACUUCAAUCAUCCCAAGCUUCUGCAUUCUGCAUGCACCCACCCUUCCUACCCUUCAGCGUGGGCUACCGUUCCCUGCUACCAACGCCUGGAAUUUCUGGGCGAUUCCUUACUCGAUAUGGCCUGUGUGGAAGACUUGUUCGCUCGCUACCCUGAUCGAGAUCCGCAGUGGCUUACGGAGCACAAGAUGGCGAUGGUUUCAAACAAGUUCCUAGGAGCCCUUGCGGUCAAACUCAGGCUCCACAAACACCUUCGGUUUUUCAGCACACCCCUGAUGUCCCGAAUCACCAGGUAUGCCGAAGAAAUCGAGGCUGCCGUACUGGAGAACGAGGCUUCAGUCGAUUACUGGACGGGCACAACUGAUCCACCCAAAUGCCUGCCAGACAUGGUAGAAGCCUACCUUGGCGCCAUAUUCGUCGAUUCAAACUUCAACUUCACCGUAGUCGAAAAGUUCUACCAGCGCCAUGUAAAGCCCUUCUUCUACGAUAUGGCUAUCUACGAUACCUUUGCGAAUAAGCACCCUACAACCUUCCUGCACAACCGCCUGACAAACGAGUAUGGCUGCACAGACUACUGCCUAAAAGCAGGCGAGAUCCCCAGCGUCGACGGCGAGCCUCCCCGUGUCCUAGCUGCAGUCAUGAUCCACGAUACCGUCAUCGCCGAGGGCCUCGCCUCGUCUGGUCGCUAUGCUAAGGUCAAGGCGAGCGAGAAGGCGUUGGAUGUGCUGGGAACAAUCGGGCCGGCUGAAUUCCGGGAGAAGUUCAAGUGUAAUUGUCGGGAGGUUGAGAAUCCGCCUGAGACGGCUGAUCUUGGGACGGCGAUUUGA